AUGACAUGUAAGAAGCGAUGGGUUCCCGAAGAAGAUCAGCAGCCCCGAUAUCAGAGCAUCAAGAAGAUUUGUGCGCAGCUGGUCCCGGAUCCUGGCCUGUGCAUCCCUGGGUCGAUCAAUAAGGCGCUUGGUAUUGGCUGUGGUGUCGGGGGCGCACUAUCGAUCUGUGGAGAUUGUGUUCACUUCUACCGUCUCAAGAAACGGAGCCCAGGAGAGCAGUCUGAUAAAGGGCCCUAUAGUCCUGGGGAGCUGUCUGCCUCGGAGGACGCAACGGAACUGGAUGGACCGCUUUUGUCUGAAGCAGGCGGCUCGGAACUCAUAUCUGAAGUUCAUGCCGAGACUAAGCAGGCGUCCUUGGUAUCGAAGGGCAGGGGUUCUGCAUCUGGAGAAGUUGCCUCAGAGCUGCCGUGA